AUGGACCUCUUCUGGAGCGGUUACGUGGUCGACGUGCCAGGUUGCAAGAUGCCGUUCUACGACCCCUACCACAGGACUAUCAAGCACAGCGCCCGGAAGACGCCGUUUAAUUACGACGGCUACUGUGCCAAUGUCGCGCAUCCCAACGCGCUGCGCCAGGCUGUCGACGUCUUCAGCCUGGACGAAGAAGUCCUCCGAAGGGGGUACAACGCGAGCGCCAACGACACCCACUGCUACUACCAGGCGGUGCUCCGAAACACGUCGGCGGUGGACCCGGACACUGAUCCUCUGCUGGGACCUCCAAUCAGCCUCGUCUUCGGCAGACCUCUGCGACAGGACUACGUCCGCAUAUCUUGCGAAUCUAAAGGCACGCACCUCUUCUCCGGAUACUUCUUCGUACCGGUUGACAAGAGAGAGGCGGGCGAGCCCCUAUCGCCGGGACAGCUUAACGUCCUAAUCCUGGGCAUUGACUCCACGUCUAGGAUCAACUUCAACCGCCGCAUGGCCAGGACUCGAAGGUUUCUGGUUCAGGAACGGGGCGCCUACGAGUUCCUGAUGUACAACAAGGUCGGCCCAAACUCGUUCCCGAAUCUGGUACCCCUGUUGACUGGCAUGUCGAGCGCCGACAUGACCCGACUGUUCAGGGGCAUCCACUACGACACCCUACCUGCAGUCUGGAAGGUAUACAAGUCACUCGGUUACGCCACGCUGUUUCUGGAAGAAAUGCCCACCUGGGGCAUCUUCACGGGUGCCUUGGGCUUCAAGGAGGCGCCUACGGACUACUACGCGCAUCCCAUGAUGUUACUGAUGGACGUGAAUUCUUCGGACCCCUUCACGUGCAUGGGCGGCCGCCCGAAGACGAAAGAAGUGCUCGAUUACGUCGCCAGGGUGCUCGAGUUGCACGCCGAGCGGAGGCUGUUCGCCUUCGCCUGGCUGGCGUACAUAUCGCACGAAAGUAUCGAACAGGUGGCGUACAUGGACGAGCCCGUCGAGCGCUUCUUCAGGAACCUCGCCGGCAAAGGUCUCCUGGACCGCACGGCCGUACUGUUCCUCAGCGACCACGGAAUGCGGCAGGGCACCUAUCGCAGGACCGAGAUAGGCCGGCACGAGGAUAAGACGCCGUACUGCCUCUGGGUCCUGCCCCGCGGCUUCCUCGUCGAACACCCCGAAGUUGCCGCCUCGCUGGAGGUCAACCAGCGACGUCUCGUGACCACGUACGACUUCCACGCCACGCUCCUAAGCCUCGCCUCUCUGCCGGAACUGGACGUGGUCCCGUCGAAAAAGGGCUUGAGCCUGUUCCGACCCGUGCCGCCGGAGAGGACUUGCGAGCACGCCUUUGUGCCGCAAGCCUUUUGCGCAUGCGUCGGCACGGAGAAGAAGCUCGACGACGUGUCCAUGGGUCAGUCGUUCGCGCUCUUCGCAGUCGCCUACAUAAACGCCGUGGCGGAGGUUCGGUUUCCGGGCAAGUGCGCCGCCUGGCGUUUGGACAGCGUUUACGACGCAAGCGCGUACGGAGGUGGCGUGGCGGGCAAGGUGCUGAUACGCGUCUCGUUUAAGACGUCGCCCGAAGCCUAUUUCGACGUCUACGGCGCCAUCCACAACGCCUCGACCUGGGAAAAGCAAGUCGACCAUGUUGACCGCAGCGACAGUUUCGCCAACAAAACCACCUGCCUGGAGAAAAGCUCCUGGGCGAAGUUUUGCAAUUGCAAGGACCAGACGUGA